CUCAACUGUCAGAGUGACGUUCACGGCAAGUCUGUGGCGACGUGGAAAUAUGGUGGAAGAGGACUAGAGUAAAAUCGGAGCUUUCUCAAAUUCUUUAUUUAGUAAACGUGUGUUUAUCAUUGACCUUUACAGCUAUAGCAACUGUUCAACCUAAGCAGAAGACUGUCAAGAACCUGGGAGAAGAACGCGAGAUAGGUGCCACGAGAGCUGUGAAUUUGACAGAUGAGCUGUCAGCUGAUGCUAUGUGGCUAGAUAGCUAGCAUAACUUAGUUGUUAGCUCACUACUCAGACAUAGCUAACUAGUUAAUCUAUGAAUUAGCUAGCUAGCGUGUUAUUGUAAUAUCAUGUCAGUUACACAUCCAGUUUCACCACCUUGAAGGAAGCGUGUCUCUAACCGCUGCAUUUAGAGCGUUUGAUGAGCUAACGUUAGCUAGCUGCAGCUAGGGGGUGUGUAACGUUACUAACGUACAGUAACUAACAGUAGCGUUAGUUAGCUAGCAAGCAAGUCUAUUAACACCUUUCUGUAUUAACCAAUGACGUUACUUGUCUGGUCAAUAUUUGUUAUUUUUUACUGAAAAUGUAUCACUACUGUAACUGUCAGACACCGAUGUGCAAGGAGAGUGAAACGCAGUUUUGCGGCUGCUGCUUGUAGUUAGCUAGCUAGCUGGCUAGUUAGUUAAAUUGCUAUAGACUAGCUAGCAAGUCCAUGGACACCUUUCUGUAUUAACUAGCUAAUACUUUAAUGUCUGGUCGAUAUUUAUGGUAAUUGUUUUUACUGAAAAUGUAUAGAUAACUCAGUCACAGAUGUGGCACUAUAGCUCAAGGCCAUGACAUGGGUGUGAUCAAAUGAAUGUGUGUACUAAAGGUGUGUAAGCAAACCAUAAGUCGAUGGGGCAAACUCAUCCUGUAUUGAACCAGGUAUGUUGAACAUGCCACGUAAUGCAUCACUAUGCACCAGGCAGUCAAUGUUUGUUACCUUUACAUGCAUUGUGUGACAAAGUCAGCGCUUACACUUAAAUUAAUUCAGCCUGUCACGUUUGGAAGGAAGCCUGAUGUCAUGACACCUUGCUCACAGUGGUUCAGUCUAAACAGAUCCCUAACAGCGAACCUGUUUGGGACGAGCGUAUUCAUCAACAGCAGGUGACAGCCGAGUCAGAAUGUUCACAUUCUGCCAAAUGGGUCGUAUUUCCAAAAUCAAGACAAGUUCACAUAAAGCUUCCAAACAGGGCUGAAAUCCUCAAGGCAUAUUAUGUGAAGGAUAUAAGGAUGCAACCAGACAGAUAGAUGUGCGUCAUGAGCCAGAUUUGGGCCCGAAUGUAAUUAGGUCAUUAGUCAGUUAAAUAAGAAAAAAUAAAAUUUCUCAGAUGCCAUGCAUGUUGCUGACUACUGGUGGUGUGAGUAGAGUUGGCUAAGCUUCAUAGCUUUGCAAUACAUCAUUUAAUGCAGCAAGUGGACCAUUGCUGACUCCACAGCCAAUGUCAAAUGUAAACAGCUUUCACCAGGGAACAGAGAGAUUCUUCUAGAUCAGAACUAGGCCUAAGUCUCAGGUAGAGGAGAGGAUUGCUAAACGUCAUUCAUUUAGAAUUAGAAGUCAGGAUUUUGUCAUAUUUCCUGUUUCAUGAACCAAACCUAUUUUAUUCUAUCAGAUUCAGAUAAGUAGACCUAACGUGAGUAGCGGAUGAGCGAGUAGCCUAAUCUCUUCUUGGUUCUGUUCCCCAGUACAGUGCCCAGUGUGGUAGUGGGAAAUGAGGCAGUGAGAAAGAGAGCCUCUCCUCAGACCCCGUGUACUCAGGAGAUGGGAGCCAACACCAGCCAGGUCAGUGACCUGUGUGAGAACCAGAGCCUCAGGACCCUGAUCGGAACAGAGUCCAUCUCAGAGAAUGAUCCCUUCUGGAACCAGCUCAUCUCUUUCACCUUCAUCAGUCCCACUAGCAGUGGGGACUCCAAGCUGUUGGAAGAGGCUGUCAUUCCCCUUGCCAAGAUUCUGAUUGAGAACAAUCCCAGAACAGGGAAUUUUGGAGCCCUGGUGAGAAUAUUCCUGGGAAGAACCAAAGAGCUGAAAAUAUCCACAGAAUGCCAAGAUCAGCUGUUUAUCUGGCAGGCCCACAAUGCCCUGUUUAUGAUCCGUUGCCUGCUCAAAGUCUUCAUCAGUGAGAUGACAGAAGAGGAGCUGCACCUACAGUUCUCCUACCAGGAGAGGGCGCCAGGAUCCUGCGACACGGGGAGAGAGGACCUGCUGGAGGAGCUGAUUUGUAACCUGGUACACCUGGUCGUGGAGGUGCCCCUGCUGGACAUCACGUACAGUAUCCUGUUUGAGGCUGUGACCACCAUGUUAGUGUUACUGUCCUACCAGCUAUUCCACAAGGAGAUGCUGAGAGACGGACUCAUUUACCAGUACCUGAUGAAGGAACGAUGUGUGUCCCUGACCAGUCGGUUAGUGAAGACCCUGCUGUAUAACUUCAUCAGACAGGAGAAGUGUCCUCCUCCCGCCACACACAUCUUUGAUCAGCAGUCCGACGGUGGAGGCCUGCUCUACGGCCUCGCCUCAGGGGUAGCAAGUGGGUUGUGGAGUGUGUUCACUCUGGGCGGAGCCAGCAGUAAACCAGGAUUGGAGCAGGAACAGAACCCACUUCCCUUAUCCAAUCAGAGCCUGUUAUUACUCCUGGUGCUAGCUAAUCUGACAGAUGGACUAAACGACUGCCCAAACCCCUACAGACAGGCUGUCACCUGCUUCAAAAACACACAAGACACGUCAUCCAUCCCUACAGAGCAGCACCAUACGUUCCAGAUUAACUUCAACAGCCUGUACACAGCUCUGUGUGAGCAACAGAGGUCUGACCAGGCUACGCUGUUACUCUACACGCUGCUGCAUCAGAACACCAACAUGAGGAACUACAUGCUGUCACGCACAGACAUGGAGAACCUGGUGGUGCCCAUCCUAGAGAUCCUGUACCAUGUGGAAGACAGGAACUCUCAUCACGUCUACAUGGCCCUCAUCAUCCUCCUCAUCCUCACAGAGGACGACACCUUCAACAGAUCCAUACACGAGGUGGUAUUGAAGAACAUAACGUGGUAUUCAGAACGUCAGUUAACAGAGAUCUCUCUGGGUAGUCUACUCAUCCUGGUGGUCAUACGCACCAUCCAGUACAACAUGACACGGACCAGGGAUAAGUACCUGCACACCAACUGCCUGGCAGCCCUGGCCAAUAUGUCAGCCCAGUUCCGCUGCUUACACCAGUACGCUGCCCAGCGCAUCAUCAGUCUAUUUGCACUGCUGUCCAAGAAGCACAACAAGGUCUUGGAGCAGGCAACCCAGUCUCUGAGAGGUCCCCGGGGGGCAGACGACAGCUCUGUACUGCCUGACUACGCCCAGGACCUGAAUGUGAUUGAGGAGGUGAUCAGGAUGAUGCUGGAGAUCAUCAACUCGUGUCUGUCGAACUCUCUACACCACAACCCCAACCUGGUCUACGCCCUGCUCUACAAGAGAGAGCUUUUCGAACAGUUCAGAACACACCCCUCCUUCCAGGACAUCAUGCAGAACCUCGACACGGUGAUAGGUUUCUUCAGCCAGCGUCUGGAAGCAGCAGGGACUGACCUGUCAGUAGAAAGGGUUCAGGAAGUUAUCAUGAAGGGAGCACAGGCCCUUCCCAACGACCGCCUCAAGAAGUUCCCGGAGCUGAAGUUCAAGUAUGUAGAGGAGGAUCAACCUGAAGACUUCUUCAUCCCGUACGUGUGGUCCCUGGUCUUUAACUCUGGAGUGGGUCUUCACUGGAGCACGACAAACAUACAACUCUUCAGCAUGGACUCUGCCUGAGGGGGGUUCACGCUGG